CAGCAGCAGCAGCAGGAGGAGGAGGCAUUGCGCGCCGCCCGCGAUGGCUCCCCCGCCCGCCGCCGGACCGCGCUCCUACAGCCGCGCCGAGGUGCAGCAGCGCUGCGCGGAGGGCGCCUGCCUGGUGCUCACCGGCCGCCGCAUCUACGACCUGUCCGCCUUCGUGCGCCGCCACCCGGGCGGCCAGCAGCUGCUGCUGGAGCGCGCCGGCACCGACGUGAGCGCCGCGCUGGACGGCCCGCCGCACCGGCACUCGGACAACGCGCGCCGCUGGCUCCAGCAGUACUACGUGGGCGAGCUGGACGCGCAGAGCUGCCUCCAGAAAUGGAAGUCGGCCAGCCCCCAAGCCGGAGUGACGACAGAGAGGAGGAUGGAUCCCAGAUGCAAAGCAGUGGAUGACGAUAACGACCUCGUGGACUGGCGUAAACCAUUGCUCUGGCAGGUGGGCUACUUGGGAGAGAAGUACGAUGAAUGGGUGCAUCAACCGGUGGAUCGGCCUAUUCGCUUAUUUCACUCGGAUUUCAUUGAGUCUCUCUCCAAAACAGCCUGGUACAUGGUAAUUGCAGUCUGGAUCCCAGUGGUGCUCUGUUUUAGUUGGCAUGGCUACGUGUCCCUCGCCCAGGAAGACACCCAUCUCUUUUCGACAUUCACAGAGGUCUAUGCCAUCCGUGUUCACAAAUACUACUUCCCACUGCUCUUUCUGGUGGGAAUGUGCAUUUGGUCCCUGCUGGAGUAUCUCAUCCACCGCUUUGUCUUCCACAUGAAGCCGCCUUCCACCAACUAUUAUCUGAUCACCCUGCAUUUCCUGAUGCAUGGCCAGCAUCACAAGUCUCCCUUUGACGACUCCCGCCUGGUCUUCCCACCGGUCCCCGCGUCCUUCAUCAUUGGCUUUUUCUAUGUCGUUGUAAAGUUUAUGUUUCCUGGAGGAUUUGGGACCUCCCUCUUUACUGGGGGUCUCUUUGGCUACGUUAUCUAUGACAUGAUGCAUUACUAUCUGCAUUAUGGGUCACCAAAGAAAGGCACCUACCUGUAUGGACUGAAGGCCUACCACGUGAAGCACCACUUUGAACACCAGAAAGCAGGUUUUGGCAUUACCAGCAGGUUCUGGGAUCGUCCGUUUCAGACGCUCAUCCCAGAGGAAACCUUUGGGACAGAAGACUAGCAUCUGUAGUCCCCUGUUGGUGGCCUGGCCCCUGUUGCUCCUGGGCAGCCCCCUGCAGAACUGGAAGAGGCAGGCUUGGAGGCCUGUGACCCGGGGAGAAAGGACUGUCAUUUUGCUCCACUGCUCUUGGAGGUCUGCUUACUCUAUCCACGUCUUCUUGGCAGCAGUGUGCCUUCAGACGGGCCGCUGUGCCUUGGAACUCUGCAGAAGCUAACGGAGGGGAGAGAGCCCGGCUGCACGACUGUAGUCAGGAGGCGCUGUCCACGGGAGAAGACUCUGCUCUGCUCUGCUCAGCUGUCUUUGAAGUGCCCCAGGAUCCAAGGGUCAAAGUUCCAUUGCUGAGCAUAGGUGGCCGUUCUCUUGCGGGAAACUCUUAUCCCAUGAUGCAACGUGGUAUGCAGACUGCUUCUGCCUGUCGCGUCUCCGACAUCUAGCACUGCCCGUGCUUGCAGAAUGGUCAACAGGGGUGGCAGGCAAUGGCGGGCACGUCACCCUCCUGGUUGCCGUCUCCGGGUGAAUAAUUGGGGUGAGGGGAAAGGGGUACUGCUUCCCCACAGGCCAGAGCCAACUCUGAUCUUUGGGUGUGUGGAAUGACAGUCCCUUCAGUUCUCGUUAGUGCAGGGCUCCGUGGAUUCUCGGUGUCCUCAAAUUUGCUAUGCAAGUGCAGGAUUCAGCACACGUUAUUUAUUAUGAUGAUUACAUUUAUAUCCCGCUUUUCCUCCAAGGAGCCCAGAGUGGUGUACAUGGUUAUGUUUACUGAAGCUGGAAAGAACUGGAGAGAUCAAAUCCAGCCACCUGUCCUUAGGCAGAGGAUUCUGUGCCAAAAUGUCCCUCCCCAGUUUUUCUCCCGUCACUUGUGAUGCUUCUUACAAUUCAGAAGGUGGGGGAUUGCAUAGAUACACUCAGCCUCAUAGAUGCAUUCAGCUUUAUUCAGAAUUGGGGAUUUGGGGGGCUGGCUUUGGGGGUCAAUUGCAUGUGAUAAAGGUGGGGGUUGGGUGUGUUGUUUUUGAAGAGAAGGGAGAAAGAAAGGCUAUCCCCAUAUGUGAAAAGUUGGAACGCAAUGUGGGUCCCCUUGCAAUAAAUAGCAGAUCAAUUAAGAUAUAUUGCACAAUUAUAACCAAGUAAUCUUCUACAGUGAUCCAACACAGAAAGCUCCAGUUGAAUCCAAAAGGAAGCCGGCUAGAAAUCCUCAUAAGAAUAUAUCUGGAGCACUGGAGUUGGGUCAAACUGGUUCAGACAUCAUUCGUCAUCAUGGCUUAUUUUAACUAAGGUUUGUUUAAGAAACCUGAAUUGCUGUCACAGAUGAUCACCAAAUCUUGGGUUUGUUCUCCUUAUGAUAUAGGCUUGCCUCUUUCUAUAGCUGAGCUCAGACGUCUCACAGAACCUCUGUUAACUCUGAGCUCCAUGUGAUGUCCCUCAGCCUCCCAACCAUGGAUUGGUCACAACAUCUGAACCCACCAAUCUCAGCUUAUUUUCACCUACUGGCUUGAGUUAACCUGCGAUCUGAACCCGAGGCUUGAAGUGAUUUUCAGAACUCAGGUUCUCUGAAGCCAGUAGGUUAAAAUAAGCUGAGACUGGUCAUAACUAACCAUGCUUAGAUGAAAUAAGCCAUGUUUCUUAACUAACCAUGGUUAGAUGCUCACGUAGGGAUGGGAGAGGGAGCAUGCGCUCACAAGACUGAGGGAUGUUGUGCAGAACUCAAGAGUUAACAGAGAUUCUGCAUGAUUUCUGAACCAGCCCAGUAUGAGUGUUCUAUAAGGGCAGAGCUCAACCAAGAUUAAGCCAUGAUUGUGGGUUCAGACAUCACAUGGUUGGGACAAACAAACUUCAAACCUUGAAUUCAGAUUGUGGCUUACCUGCCUGAAAUAAACCACAGCUUAUUGAUUGGUGUUCAUACAAACUAACUGUGGUUUGAUGAAAUAAGUCAUGGUUCUGCAUAAUGGCCUAUCCUCUUUGUCUGUGCUGUGUUUUUUCAUAGCCUUCAUGAAUUCCCCAAAUCAUAUGUCACUACUAACAAGUUGCACACUUACAUCACAUGGUCUCUACCUUUGAAGGGAAUCCCAGUUUUUGACCUGUUCUGGCAUGUGCCUUAAUCAUAAAUUCCAGAACAUGGCAAUAGUCUGUCAUUUCUAGGCAUGACUUUCAACAACAGUAUUGUACAAAUCCAUCAUGUGGGUAAUUACAGACACUAAUUACAAGAGUUGCAAAGCAGGCAUGGAAUUAUUUUUAUAAGAUUCUACGGCAUGCCAUGUUUGCAAUACAAGUUGAUCUGCCACUUUAUUGUAAGGUAGGGGGCACACUUCUUUCUCAAGGCGGAGGUGAUGCCAGCACCCCCUUCCCUGCCUCUCAGCUGUGAUUUGGGGAGGAGUGUUAGUGACUCCUGUUCCACUCCUGAUUGUAAGUAGCAGCUCAACCCACUCCUACCAGUAAGAUGCAAUAAGCCACAGGAGCAUCCCACAAGGGUCCAGUGUGCUCUGCACCCAGCGACCUGACAGACCAGCACACCCCCACCUCUGAAUCCUGCUCAUUGCGUUUCCUUUCAGAAUGAGCCUGGAGGGAGCUGAGCUACGUGAGCUCCUUGGGUUGUGCCAUGGUGGGGGCCCUUGUCCUUCUGCUUUCAUUUUGCCGGUGACUCCAGGAGCCAGGCGUCAGUUGGCCCCCCAGGACUGGUUUGGGGGUUUCUUGCAAGAAGGCAGAGUUGGCAGGGUUCUGGCAGACACCCUGCAGGACUGGGACGCCCCCCCCUGCAUCUUCCUCCCCGAUCUGUCACCUCUCCUCCAGCAAAGCUCAUCGAUGGCUGAGGGAAGGCCACUAGCGACCCCUGGCUCCUAGGAAGAGGCAACCUGUGCUGCUCUCUUUGAGAUUCCCUCUUUCUAUCUCUUUCCCCUUUCCAUCUGGACCCUGUUGCAGAUUCUUUUCUUUUCUUUUUCUUUUUCUUUUCUUUUCUCUUUUCUUUCUUUCUCCCCCCUGCCAAAGAAAACCAAUAGUGCCUCAAAGCAAAUGUGGUCUCUCUCGCUACGCCACUGAGAAAACGGGUGCAGUCUGUGCUGGGGCAGCCACCUGAUAGAUGAUGUGCCGGUUUGGGUCCCCCCCCUUUUAUUCUGGGUCUGCAUUUGCAUGUCCAAGGGCAAAUAGGGUCUGGCACUUAUGGGUUACGGGCACUCCCCAAGUUACGAAUACCUGUACAUACGAACAAAGCUCCAUAAAAUAUUGCAUUAAGGCAGUCCCCAACUUAAAACCGCCAGCCAGUCAUUACUCUUGGAAAGUACCUGCAUUCCGAAUUAGGACCAUCCAUCUUACAAAUCAACCUUGGAACACAGCCCAUUUGUAAGUUGGGGACUUCCUGAAUUCAGGAGCAGCUUCCUGCCUUCUGUACCAUUCACAUGCUAUCUGAGAUAGAAGAAACAUCGUCUCUUUCUCCUCCAAGCAGGUUUGCGAGACUAUCCUAGUGUCCCUAGACAAAAAUGGGACCGAAGCACUCUGGCAAAAGGCUUGCAUGGACUAGCAGCUCUUUAAUGAGGAGCCUGUAAUCUUGCUGCUACUCUGCUUUUUAUUUCUGUUUCUCUGGGCAUAUCUAUUUUUAGCCUACUUCCAGUAGGCUUUAUGAGAUCACCUGGCAUUUUGUGUGUGUGUCCAUCUGUGUGUGUCGUCCCCCCUGCCCCCAUCAAUUUCGCAAUGCCUGGACCAAUAUGAACCAAACCAGGUACAGUUGUAGGGACACCUCAGUGGCAUAGUUGGUGUUGAUUUCAUCCACCCCAAUUCAAGAUGGUGGACACAUGAAUGUUUGAGGGCGCAAGUCGGAUAACUUGUGAACUGCCUAACUGAUUUGGACCAAAUUUAGUCCAGUUGUAGAGGCAACGAAAGUAGGCUGAUUAGUUCUUACUAGACAAAUUGUUAUGUGACUAUAUAAAAUCAAUGCGUAUAAUGGUGCCCCCCCCCCGGAAUACUGGCAACUCUGCAGGUGCUCAGAGAUUAGGCAGCCCUGUGCUGCAGUUCCCUGGAGAGAAGGAAUCCCCUCCUAAACCUGUUCAAGGCUGUGGUGCAAAGCUGCCCACCAGUGACAAGAGGGAGGAAGUGAAAGCCUACUGAGAGACGAUUAAAGGGAAGUGUUGGUGUGUGAAGAUGGUCCGUGUGUGCCAUUAGUUUUCCGGGCGAAAGGGCUUCCUUUUCUAGGGCUCUCCUCUUGCGCCUCCUGUUAAAUGGGUUUGCUGCUGACCAGGUUGCCACACACAGAGCAGUCUUGUCGCAAUAGCAGUGAACUGGACUGUCCUGGGGCGGCCCUUCCGUGAGGCAGGGUGUGGCAGUCAUCUCAGGUAGCAGAUUACGGGGGCACCAAUGGGGUGGCAAGAUGCCGCUCUGCCCCCCACGUUAAGAAGGGGAAGGGGCUGUGCACAAGGGCGGGGCAGCCUUUAGUGGCCUGCUUCAGGCGCACAGGGAUCUGGAGCCACACUGAGGUUCCUACGGUUUGGUGAGCUUUCUCCAGGCCCCGAAGGGAGUGACUUUACACCAGGAUGGCACGACUUUGCCCCUCCUGCCUAUGUUGGCCUACAACUCCCAUGAUUUCUCAUUUUUCAAUGUCUGUUGAAAAAGAACACCUGUUUUAUUAGGCUUUUUGGUUUAUGACGUUUUAAAGUUUUAUUGAUGGUAAUUUUGAUUGGGGUUUUUUUUGUUUUUGUUUUUACAAACCCUCUAUUUGGGGGUUUUAGUUGUUGUUUGGUUUCGGUUGUAAACUGCCCUGAGAUUUUAUAAAGGGCAGGAUGAAUGUAGACAAAUAAAUAAAUAAUAGAGAAUAAAUAAGCCAGUGAGCUGUGGCUAUUGGCCACUGUGGCUGGGAAUUUUUAGAGCUGUACUCCCCAAACACCUGGAGGGCCAAAGUUGUGCAGCCUGGCUCUAAUCGCUAUUU